UGGACAAUCAACAAAACAUUAUAAGACAAUGUCAAUAAAAUCGUUUUGCCACGUCAGCUACUCCUGAACAACCCGCACAAUGCGGGAGGGCCUUUUGGGUAAAUCCAUAGUUUUCUCUUUCUCACCAUCCUCUCACCGAACCGUCCCAGCCACCAGUUCAGAGUUCAGACCCUUCGUCUCUCUCACCUUCCUCCCUCAAGAAAUCCCUACCAUCAUGCGUUCUGCGUUGCCCUUUUCCCUUUGGCGUCGUCGCUUAUGUGUUCCUCUUCAAUCACGUCGCCGCUUCGUUCUCCCUACCUUCAAUCAAUUCCCAUCGCCGCACCGUCAAUCCCGAAUUCCGAUAUUUAUAUGCAAUCCGAAGUUCCUUCCUCUAAUUCUACUAAAUAGCAACAGUUCCUCCCUCAACCCCGCUAUCGGAAAUCGAUUUGCAUUCAAGCAUCGCUUUGGAUUUGGUGAUGAAGGAUCUGGGUGUCACGAAUUUCAACCAAUGGACUUGGUGUUGAUCAAUUCAGAGGAGAAAGUGUUUGUUGUAGAAGGCCAAGUGAUUCAAGUACAAUCUAACUGGUGCGACAUGGGGUGUCUUGAAUGCCCUCACAAAGUUGAAGAGGAUUGGAGAACUUUCGCAGACACCAUAAGAAAACUUCUUAAAUUGCAAAAGUCAAGUAAGCCGAUCAACUAAUUCAGUUUUUCUACAAACUGCAUCUUUCAAAUUUAGUUUUUAUUGUCUGAUAUGUGUUAUGAAAUUGAUGCACAUGGAGAUAUUGGCAUACAGACUCAUGUCAUUGUUGACUUUAAUUCCAUUAGUCAUAGGUGAGAGUAAAACUCCAUAUGCAAGAUAAUUCUGCUGAAGCUUAUUUGCAAUUUUGGAGAGUGAAGGUCCCCAUUUCCUUGGUGUAAUGACUGGAGUUUUCUUUUUGACAGAGACCUGUUACAAGGUGCUACUAAUGGCUGGAGUUUAAUUACAAGCAAAUUAGAGGAAGAAAAAAAUCAAAUCCUUCACAAGUCCAGCAAGUUGUUAACAUGAAACUUAAAUUGCAUGUUAAACUUACUCAGUGUUGAACCCUCAAACUGAGUAUUAUGUAGUUAGCGUGGAGCACGAUUCACUUGGGGUAAGUGAUUAACAUUUGAGCGCUAAAGCAAUUUUAUUACCUAUCAGUUACCACCUUAGUUUCAUCAUUUUCAUUUCUUUGAUUACUCUAAUUUCACUGCAGUCAAUGAGUCAGACAUCAAGCCAAUCCCUCACAAGUGCAAUACCUAUGUCGAAGACAACUUCCUAGACUUCUCAUGACAAAAACCAAAGAGAUGAAACAGAUUUGGUUGCUGCAAACUUAGAGGAAACUAGCAACAUUGUUGCAAGCCUUGAAGAUCUUGGAGAGGAUGCUUAAGGAGAUUUAAAAGGGAACAUUGGGUCGACUCUAACACCAAGGAAGAAAAGUACUAUUGUUGGGAUCAUUAUGUAGUUAAGAUCCACGUUAUGAACCUUAUAGUUUUAGAGUGUGUUUUUCACCUAUGAGAUGUUCGUGAAUUGCUUAGUGUUCAUAAAAUUUAGAUUCUUAGAUUAUCCAUAAUUUUAUUUAUCAUUUUUAUAGACAAUUGGAAUUUCAAGUUAACAAU